UGCUCGUUGUCACUGAAAUAACACUGAAGAAGGGGUCUCGACCCGAAAUGUCACCCGUUCCUUCCCUCCAGAGAUGCUGCCUGUCCCACUGAGUUACUCCAGCAUUUUGUGUCUAUCUUCGAAAUAACACCCACCAUGUCAUUUACACCCUCUGCCCUGUAAUAACUCCACUUGUAAACCGGUUAUCGCUUCAUCUUGCAUUCGCUCACUAUCUGACCCUCAUCGGCCAGAAUAUCGCUCGGGAAAAAAACCCUGCCUUUUUGGCGUGUGCUUCCUGUAACAUUGUCGCCUGAUGUUAACGGGCGGCCAGUCACAGAAAUGCGAGGCCUUGAGAAACAAACUCACUGGUUGGUAACCUGCACGUACUGCCAUUUCCUUGUGUUCCUGCUCCCCCUCCUGUUCUCAAUCGUUCUGCAUUGUACUUCCAGUUAGCCCAAAUGUGCAGAAAUAUUUCAAAAGGUAGACGCAAAACGCUGGGGGGUAACUAACUCCGCGUUCUGCAACGUUGUCAUCUAGUAUCUUUGGUUGUCAUUUCUUCACCCGCACCAGGAAGUCUGGUAGACCGUGAUGUUUAAACGGUAGAUUCCGCUCGGAGGGGAGAAAAAAAAUAUUGAACAGAAAUAAAGACGCAUUAUACCAUGGAGGUCGAUCCUAACAAGUCACCAAAGGCAGGAGAGAACGCCUCCUGCAAUGGGGAUGCCUCUGCAUUGCCGACAGAUCUUCAGCUACAAGCUCCCCCCAAGCCCCCGCCGUACGUUUGCACGUUGAGUCCACAGCUGAUCGCCAAGGCACAAGAAGAACUUCAGGAGAAACCCGAGUGGAGACUUCGCGAUGCACAAGCCCUGAGAGACAUGAUUUUGAAGGAGGCUCCGAACUUGAAGACCCGCUUGGACGAUGCCUUCUUGCUGCGGUUUCUCAGAGCUCGCAAGUUUGAUUACGACAGGGCACUGAAGCUUUUAUUGAAUUACCAUGCCAGCCAGAAGACCUGGCCAGAGGUGUUCUCGAACUUGAGGCCAUCUGCAAUAAAACGUGUGCUGGAUUCCGGAUUUCUUACUAUGCUGCCUCGCCCUGAUCCACUCGGACGAUAUAUCUUAGUCAUUCGACCAGGAAGAUGGAAAAUUUCCGAUUAUCCCAUCACUGAAAACAUCCGUGCCAUUUACAUAACAUUAGAGAAGCUUGUUCAGUCAGAAGAGAACCAGGUGAAUGGAAUAGUCAUUCUUGCAGACUACGGUGGAGUUGCCUUGUCCCAGGCUGCUCAGCUUGGUCCCUUUAUGGCCAAAAAGGUCAUUGGAAUUCUUCAGGAUGGAUUUCCAAUGAGGAUAAAAACUGUCAACAUCAUCAAUGAGCCCAUUAUCUUCAAGGGGAUUUUUGCCAUCAUAAAGCCGUUUCUAAAGGAGAAAAUGACGGAGAGGUUUGUUCUUCACGGGUCAGACCUGAGCUCCCUUCACAAGGAUAUUCCACCGAGCAUCCUUCCUCAGGAGUAUGGCGGUACAAUGGGAAAGCUCAACACCACUGCCUGGGCCGAGUCACUGCUGGCAUUUGAGGAGGAAUUUGUGGCCGAAUUCUGUCAGACAUGCUCACCAACGGAUAAUGCACAUGCUCAGUAUGCGGACGGGCCGACUGAACAAUCAGGCCAACAGUGCGAAGAUUCCUUCAGGGGAGUGAGGUCGCAGUUGUAUUAUUGCUAUUAACAGGACUGAUUGGUACUUUCCCUAAAAGAUUGUCUUUUUUUCUUUUUCGUGGUGGAGUAUUUAUCCAAGUUUAGCUGCCUGACCACAGGGCGGCCACAAUGGGGGGCAGCUGCUAGAGAGGAGGGGCUGCCGCCAAGUCCAGUGGCGGGCAGUAGAUGGGAACGUUCGGUGAACUUCUGUAACUUUGUCGGUGCCAAAGCGUGGGGACAUUUGUGUACUGCCUGUGUGUGGGGUCUGCUACAUGAUUUUACCGGGUUGUCUACAAAACAAAGCGUUUCACUGCGCCUAGGUAUACGUGGCAACAAUGUAUCAUUGCGUUGAAUCAUUGAGUGGGUGAGAAAGUGGGACAACAUUGAACUAGUGUGAACUGUGACCGGUGGUCGGUAUGGGCUCGGUGGGCUGAAGGGCCUGUUUCCGUGCCGUGUCUCUCUAAUCUCUAAAGGGCAGCACGGUGGCGCAGCAGCAGAGUUCCUGCCUUACAGCGCUUGCAGUGCCAGAGACCCGGGUUCGAUCCCCACUAAGGGGGGGGGCUGACUGUAUGGAGUUUGUACACGCCCACCGUGACUGCGUGGGUCUUCUCCGAGAUCUUCGGUUUCCUCCCACCCACCAAAGAUGUACAGGUUUGUAGGUUAAUUGGCUUGGUAUAAUAGACAAUAGGUGCAGGGGGAGGCCAUUCAGCCCUUCGAGCCAGCACCACCAUUCAAUGUGAUCAUGGCUGAUUAACCCCCAAUCAGUACCCCGUUCCUGCCUUCUCCCCAUAUCCCCUGACUCUGCUAUCUUUAAGAGCCCUAUCUAGCUCUCUCUUGAAAGUAUCCAGAGAACUUGCCUCCACUGCCCUCCGAGGCAGACUCACAACAUAUAAGUGUAAAUUGUCCCUAGGGUGUGUAAGAUAGUGUUAAUGUGCGGGGAUCACUGGUCGGUGCGGACUCGUGUGUGUUUCUGUGCUGUAUCUCAAAACUAAACUUAACUAACCUCCAAACUUAGAACAAGUAAUUGUUUCAGACAUUGAAGAGACUCUAUUUAUUAUCUUCAGUUUCUCACAUACAGUAUUGUUCAGAGGAAGUAAGGACAUUGAAGUUACUGCAGGUGAGUGAAAAUUAUAAACAGCCUAGUCCUCUACAGAUUCUCUCAUGUUUGUGGCAGUUUUUAAUGACCAGUGUAUACAAAGCCUUUCGCUGCUGGGCUGUGCAAACAUGUGUGGAAUUUUACAAUCCUUGUCCAUCUUUUGCCAUCAUUUAUCAGAGACUCACAGCCAAAAAGGCAGAUGGCUGGUCUCUGUCAGAGCCACCUGAUCCUAAAUCCCAUUUUCUACGUUUACUAUUGUCAUGGGUACUGAGGUACAGUGAAAAGCUUUGCUUUGCAUGCUAUCCAUUCAAAUCAAAUACUAUUCUUUCUUAUUCCAUAACAUCAGGCACUGCACAAGUGCAUUCUCUCCAAAGGGAAAUGUUGAAUUUAGAAGCUGGAUAUUUCACCAUGGUGGAUCGUGUAAGAUCUAAUUUUUAACUUUAUGGUAACUUCAAGCACCAUAUCCUUCAAUACAAUACUCAGAUAUUUCCAUCAUCCAGUUUUUUUUCAACAACCAAAAUCUCUUAUUGUUAAGUGUUACAGGGAAGGGAUAGAAUCAAAGAAAAUAUUAGUAUUCAAAGAUAGACACCAAAUGGUGGAUUAACUCAGGCAGCAUCUCUGGCGAACAUGGAUAGGCAACGUUUUGGGUUGCGACCCUUCUUCAGACUGGGGGGAAUUUAUUUUGAUUGAGGAAGGGUCCCGACCCGAAACAUCACCUGUCCAUGUUCCCCAGAUAUGCUGCCUGACCUGCUGAGUUACUCCAGCAUUCGUGUCUUUCUUUGGUACACCAGCAUCUGCAGUUCUUGUUAUAACAUUAGUAUUCAAAGCAUUUACUCAGUAAUUAUAAACUAUAAUGUUACAUUGUUGCUCUGGGCUUUAAUGAUGUGGUGGGAAGUACAGUAUUUAUUAAUAAUUGUCUACCUGAGAUAUACUGUAAAUGUACAACAUUUAACAGCAGUUACUAUAUUCAAACAGUAAUAGAGCAAGAAUUUUUAAUUAUUUCCAAAGACACAAAAUAUUUUCUACGGAAAAAAAUGCAAUAAUUGAAAAUGUAGAUCCUUAUCUUUACUCCCUAUGAUCAGAAGUGAUCCUUUCAAGAUAAGACUAAAAACAAAAGUUCAGUAGCAUGUAACUUUCUUUCAUUUGCGUUACAGUCAGUUGUGCUCCAGGUAGAUCAAUAAGAAAACUUGCUCCUAGAUUUCUCAGAAAUUGAGGAAAUAUUAUCAAUAUAACCAAUGAAGUUCUGAUCUAACUAUCUCCUCCAUCUGUAUCCAGCAGAACAAUAUAUUUAGGAUUGCUCAAGGCAGCCCUGGAGUAUCACAGUUUAGUUUAUUAUUUCUGCACAAGUAUAGUGUAAUGAAAAUCGUGCUUGCAUCAGCAUCAAAGAGUAAGGAAAUCAAACACCUACAUAAAUUAUACACAAAUUCUACCAGACAGUGAGAUAAAUAUUGUGUACAGAAAGCUAGGCAUUAGUGCAAAAAUACAAAAUUGGAAAACAAGUCCAAAGUAGUGCAACAAGUGGGCCAUAAUGGUCGAUUGCUAAUGUAAGAUCGGGUUUGUGGAGGUGGUUCAGUAUUCUGUCACAUGCCAAAUCUCUUUAAACCUCUAAGAAAGUCAGUAAUAUAUAGAAUCAGCAGGUGGACACAAAAUGCUGGAGUAACUCAGCAGGACAGGCCACAUCUCUGGAGAGAAGGAAUGGGUGAUGUUUCAGGUUGAGACCCUUCUUCAGAAUCAGUGGUAUCAUUAAACAAAAACAACCCAACUUUAUUGGCGAGAAGGUUUUUCUUGUUGUCUAUCUAUUCAUUCAUUACAUGAUCAUUUAACAAAAGCAGUUAAUUUACCCCAAGUUUUCAGAAGUAUAAUUAACUUUUUUAGACCAAAGAAAAUGCCUAAUGUGUAAUUGGCAGAUUAUAUAACAAGUGUGAAUAUAAUGGCUUAGUCAGCUUUUGUCAUUAUAUAUUUUAUUAAUAUGUUGGCACUCAAGUAGGAAGGGUAUAAACUGGAUCAAAUUGUCACCUUUAUUAAUCUCCCUCAUGAUUAAAUAGAACAACUGCCGAAAGAAAUUAAUUGGAUGAAAGAUGCCCAUCUGUAAUUCCAUUACAAAUGGCCAAAUACACAAGAUGGACACAAAAUGCUGGAGUAACCCAGCGGGACAAGCAGCAUCUUUGGAUAGAAGGAAUGGGUGACGUUUCAGGUCGAGACCCUUCUUCAGACUGCUGACAGUGAUGCUGUCUGGCUCACUGAGUUUUGUAUCUUUCAAAGGGAAACCAGCAUCUGCUGUUCCUUGUUUCUAGAUAUUCAGUGGCUUGUCUCUGACAGGAAAACUUAAGGCAAUGUACUAUAUUUUCUGAAAGUUCCAUUAACUACAUUUGGUUUACCAUUUCUCAUUCUGUUUAAUAGUUAAUUUUAUACUUCCGUCUAAUAGAUGUGCGAAUGAAACUUCAAUGGUUCUUUAUUGCCACAUAUCCAUAGCAGUGAAAUUAUUUUGCAUGGGGUUUUAUUUUAAAAUGUGGGGUCUAAAUUGUGCCUGACCUGUUUAAUUUUGUAUUCUAGAAUCUCACUAUAUUUUACAUAUAAAUCCAGAGUUGAGAAGAUUUUAACAAAGAGAUGGAAACUGACAUAAUAUGAUGUUGUACAAAUUGUUGCUGAAGUUAGUUUUGUUCAAUGCUUACACUCAAAUUAUCAUUGGUGGCUUUCAGUGAGUAAAAGAGCUACCAAAGAAAGGUUGUCAAGAAAACAGGAAAACCUUAGGGAGUCUGGACCUUGGGAGACCACAACCUUCCCGUGGAGCUCAAUGAAGCUCUGUUUAUCCACCAUAGCACCUAAUGACUUAUUUCAGUUGGCAGAAAAAAUAUGGCACUGAUCCCUUCCAAAUUAAGUACACGUCAUAUCCCAAAGACAUAUUAGGGCUCUACUUGACUUGGGGGCAGGUACAGAUCAUGAAUUUAAGUAGAUAAAUUCUCUGCAUACAGAAUUCUGGUGGAUGAAAGUGGAAAUAUCAGAGAAGUGCCAAGUUAGUGAGUCAGUAGGCACCUGUUUCUACGAUUUCUUGUGAGCAGUCAGGUCUUUGAUAUCAUAAAUCUUUAAUAUAUAUUAGACCAUCAUAAUUCUCGUGCCAAACUAAAGAAUUAUUCUAUUAUUGUAGAUCUAAUCCGGAAGAGAAAGUUACAUUUUAUAUCUGUAUUAAAAAAAAAUAUUUUGCAGAUAUCAGCAUGGCAUAUUGUUUUUACAAUAUGCAACUGUGUAAUUCCAUCUAGAAGGUUUGAAAAUUGUUUGUUUAGUUAAAUAUGGAGUUAUGUUAAAAUUGUGGCAAUUUCAGUUUGACGUGAUUCCAUCUGUGGCUCCAGAAACUGUUCCGAGUUUUCUAGGGUGGGAAAAUCAGAUUGGAUUCCAACUUUCUUUCCAACUGCUGGUGUUAGAAAUGUGUAGGUGAUGUUGAGCAGAGGCAGCAUUAAACCUGGCUCUUAUUCCUUCCUACACCAGUCUGUCAAAAGCAUUCACAUAAAUAAAGGGUGAUCAAAUCCAUAUCCUCAGAAAGAUUCAACAACUUUCCAGGGAAAAAAAUUGGAGGUGAAAUAUUUUAAUAAUCUAAUGUUUUAUACUGUCUUUUUUGUACAGAAAUUAUUUAGAAAAGCGUGUGAAGUCUUUUUUUUCUUGGGUAAGCAAUUCAUUUUGUUUUGGGUCAUGAUCAAUCAAAAUAUUUUAAACAGGUCCAAACAGAAACUUGUUGCCCAAUACUAUUGGGGCAUUUCCAAACUGUAUGUUACAAGAAUAUUACACAGUAUGUUAAAACUGUCAAUAAAAUUAUUCUUCAAUCUCAA